AUUUCAGACCACGUUUUGUUUUAUUGAAUAUCCCAAUGACCACUACCUUUUGCAAAUGUUAAUGAAGAACUUUGAAAAGUAUAAAAGUGGUGUGUGUAAGGAAGAAUUGCAUUAUGGACAGAUCAAUCCACACAGAUCAAUCCACGACAGACUGAUAAACUUUCACCUAGCUUAAAGUCGAUUCAUCUCAUCGUCGAUGGAGUGGAAACACCUAGAAUCUCCAACUCUUUUUCCUGUUAACUCCUCAGUUUCUGAAGUAGAAAGAAGCCCAUACUUAAAAGCCUUACUCGUUUCUGCAAAAGUGGACAGAAAAAUGGAUUAUCAUCCUUCACAACUUGAUUCUCCAGUUUCCUUGAAGGAAGAGGAGGAGUCUACUCUGUGUCAACAAUGGCAGUUCUCAAUACAUCAGAAUCUGGAGAAUCAAGUGAACUCUUUAUUAGACAAAGUGAGUAUGUCUUGUGCAAAAGGAUACGCAAUUAACCAUAACUUGACUGGCCAAAUCGAAAACAUCGAGAAUCAACAACGAAAUCCCAGUUCACCAGAUCGUUUGCCCAGCAGAUUAGCGUCUCCAUGGAUUAAAGAAGAUUAUUUCUUGUCAGAUGAGCGCCUCCGUUUCUUGUUUGAUGACCCGAGGCUAUUGCAGGAACUUGUGUCUGAGGAAAAUCUCAGAGCUUCUUCCCAUAAUAUUGAUCUGGAAAAUUUUUCAAACGGCGACCACCCGGCCAUUCAGUUGGUGACUUUCUCUCGCCUUUGCCGUCUUUACGAGUCAGUUUUAAGUCCGAUUAGUAUUCGCCUAAGUUAUUCUGGGACCACGCCUGUUAUUCUGGUGAUCAACUCGGAAGCUGAAUACAAGUUUAUCAGCAUGAGUACCGAAAUCACUGACAUCCAGAAAUUACCCGACUGCGCCGAAAUUCCAUUCAUCAUUUCCGAGCUACUCAACAACUUCGACGAGAAGAUCGACCGCAAUCGGUAUAUAUUCCUACUGUACAACGUAUACUACGAAUGUUGGGAACUGGUUGGAUCCCUCAGUGAUGCUUCCUUCAACACUGCAAUUACGGUGGAAACUCCAUUCGAACAUCCAUCGGAUGUUGUAUUGGUUUCCGUUGAAGACCAGGACUGUGUUUUACUUCUGUCAAACGAUCAUCACAUGGAUGUCGAAGACUCUACUCAAACAGCCGAAGCAGACCUUCAGUGCAUUGAUGAGUUGACUACUGAAGCUAUGCAUCAACAUUUGAAUGACAAUCCUCAAGAGGAGGAUACUAUGUUGCUACAGGAUCGACUAGAGCAUCAGAUUUACUCUUGCCCGGAUUUCAUUUUCCCUUGGUUGAUUGACAUGAUGAUGUCACCUUCGAUAUCACCUUCGAUAUCACCCUCGAUAUCACCCCCUAUCAUAACGGUCGAUGAAGAUGAGCCAACACCGAAAGAACCUGAAAUUGCACAAGUCAAAAAGUUCAAAUGUGAAACUUGUGAAAAGGUAUUUCGUUUGAAAUGUACUUUGAAUGCUCACCAAGUGAUACACAACCCAGCGAAAUGGAAGCAAUGCUCUUAUUGCGAUUAUAAAACACCUCGAUCUACUACAAUGAAAAACCACGUCACGAGGUAUCAUUGGUGUGAAACUCAGAAAAAAAACGACGUUUAGUAACGUUUCCGUACUUCCCAGACCAUUUGUUUGUUCAAUCAGAAUGGAAUAAUCCCUUCUGUUAAAAUGUGAAACCCAACUUUACCAAGUUCAGUGAGAGAAAGGAAAAUAUUCUCAGAAGUAUUGUGUUUCUUUUCUGUUAAAGGAAUCAAUUCAAUUUAUUCCUAAUGUUAAAAGUGCACUUCCAAAUAGAUUGAAGACAAAAAGAA